AUGGCCGUCCCCAACAUUAAGCUGAACAGCGGUUUCGACAUGCCCCAAGUGGGCUUCGGUCUGUGGAAGGUUGACAAUGCCAUCGCCUCCGACACCGUCUACGAGGCCAUCAAGGCCGGCUACCGUCUGUUUGACGGCGCUUGCGACUACGGCAAUGAAGUCGAGUGCGGUCAGGGUGUUGCCCGCGCCAUCAAGGAGGGCCUCGUCAAGCGUGAGGAGCUCUUCAUCGUCUCCAAGCUCUGGAACACCUUCCACGAUGGCGACCGCGUAGAGCCCAUCGUCCGCAAGCAGCUCGCUGACUGGGGCAUUGACUACUUCGACCUCUACCUCAUCCACUUCCCCGUCGCUCUCGAGUACGUCGACCCCUCCGUCAGAUACCCUCCCGGCUGGCACUACGACGGCAAGUCCGAGAUCCGCCCCUCCAAGGCCUCCAUCCAGGAGACCUGGACCGCCAUGGAGAGCCUCGUUGCCAGCGGUCUCUCCAAGAGCAUCGGUGUCUCCAACUUCCAGGGCCAGCUCCUCUACGACCUCCUCCGCUACGCCAAGAUCCCUCCCGCCACCCUCCAGAUCGAGCACCACCCCUACCUUGUCCAGCCUGACCUGAUCAAGCUGGCCGCCAACGAGGGCAUUGCUGUCACUGCCUACUCCUCCUUCGGCCCUGCCUCCUUCAAGGAGUUCAACAUGGAGCACGCCACCGACUUCGUUCCCCUCUUCGAGGAGCCCACCAUCUCUGAGAUCGCCAAGAAGUACAACAAGACCAACUCCCAGGUUCUUCUUCGCUGGGCUACCCAGCGCGGCCUUGCCGUCAUCCCCAAGACCAGCCGCAAGGAGAUUCUCGCCCAGAACCUCGACUGCCUCAGCUUCGACCUUGACCAGGCCGACAUCAACAAGAUCAGCUCCCUCGACCGCAAGACCCGCUUCAACCAGCCCGCAAACUACUUCCCCACCGAGAAGCUCUGGAUCUUCGCCUAA